AACUGGGCACGGAGGCGGGACCCACACGGCGCUGCAGGCUCUCGUGCUGGUGGUGUCUACCGGGACAGCUCCGCCUGGGCAUCAAAGGUGUGAGAUUGCACAGGACACUGGAGGGACAGAUGGGCUUGACUGGAGAUUCGCAAAGAAAGCAAGAGUUCAAAUGCAGACAUCGGUCUCAGUCCUGGUAUUUCUGAUGUGCCCACAUACACACGCAUUUUAAUUUUUAUUCUAAGGCGUGGCCCCUUGUUAAAGCAACCCCGACCACCACUACCUACAUGAUAUAUUGCACAGCUCGGGGGUAGAUUCCAUAUGCUAAGUUUGGAUCAAAGAACCAGGAUUUUCUGUUUUCCGGCUGGAAUUUUAAGAGUCAACAUUUCUAGAAUCGGCAAAAAUAGGAAAAGCACCAAGUGUCGCCAUGAUCUCUCCGUGGUGCUGAAGCAGCACUUCCUUUGCUCUGUACUGUCACAAUCUUUUCAUUCAGGUUAUAUAGCAUUUCCCUUUAGCCUUUUACAUUAACAUUCUAAUAGUAAAUGUUUUUCACUCACAAUGUUAAAUUUCUGUUAAUUAAACGAUGUGCAAGAAUGGGACACGAUCUUCAACCUCUUUAGUUUUCACAUAGGAAAGCCAGCAUUUAAAACCUUUUUAUUUUAGACCAGAAUUACAAUUUCGCCAUUUGUUCUUGCAUUGACUGUGUCUUGGGGUGAAGUCAGGGCUGCAUCAGAAACCUGCUCUUACGGUGGGUUUUGGCUUAAAAGCCCACACCCGGGUUUCGGAACUACAUUUCCCAGAACCCUAGGCGCGCCUCCCGUGAGACCGCGCAUGCUUACUGGAGACAUGAAGCCACAGCUUCCUGCUAGUCGCGUGGCCGAUCGCUGAUGACCGGAAGGGUGGACCUGUAUGAUUUCUUCCUACGGUUGUCAUGGCUGAAAACACAGACAGAAACCAGAUUGAGAAACUUCUAAACAGAGUAAAGGAAUUGGAGCAGGAGGUGAAAAGACUUAAGAAAGAACAGGCCAACAGUAUCAAAGAGUCAAGCAUCAGAGAAAAUUCUUUAGGCUCAGGAAAAGCUAAGCGUGCAUUUGAUUUUAGUGCUCAUGGCAGAAGACAUGUAGCUCUAAAAAUAGCCUAUUUAGGCUGGGGAUACCAGGGUUUUGCCAGUCAGGAAAACACAAGCAAUACCAUUGAAGAGAAACUGUUUGAGGCUUUAACUAAGACCCGGCUAGUAGAAAGUAGACAGACAUCCAACUAUCACCGGUGUGGUCGAACAGACAAAGGAGUUAGUGCUUUUGGUCAGGUGAUUUCUCUGGACCUACGUUCUCAGUUUCCAAGAGGCAGGGAUUCAGAUGAUUCUGACUUAAAAGAUGAAGCCGAUGAUGUUGCUAAAGAGAUCCGUUAUACCCACAUUCUCAACCGGGUGCUCCCUGCAGAUAUCCGAGUAUUGGCCUGGGCCCCUGUAGAGCCUAGCUUCAGUGCUAGGUUUAACUGUCUUGAGCGGACUUAUCGCUAUUUUUUCCCUCGUGCUGAUUUAGAUAUUGUAACCAUGAAUUAUGCAGCUCAGAAGUAUGUCGGCACUCAUGAUUUCAGAAACUUGUGUAAAAUGGAUGUGGCCAAUGGAGUGAUUAAUUUUCAGAGGACUAUUCUGUCUGCACAAGUACAACUAGUGGCUUGGAACCUGGGUGAGGAGAAAAGGCAAGACCCUUUCCAGUUAUGUCAAUUUGAAGUGAUAGGUCAGGCAUUCCUGUAUCAUCAAGUUCGGUGUAUGAUGGCUAUCCUCUUUCUGAUUGGCCAAGGGAUGGAGAAGCCGGAGAUUAUUGAUGAAUUGCUAAACAUAGAAAAAAAUCCCCAGAAACCUCAAUAUAGCAUGGCUGUUGAAUUUCCUCUAGUCUUGUAUGACUGUAAAUUUGAAAAUACCAAAUGGAUUUAUGAUCACGAGGUUCAGGAGUUCAAUGUUACCCACCUACAACAACUAUGGGCUAAUCAUGCUGUUAAAACCCACAUGCUGUAUAGUAUGCUGCAAGGACUAGACUCUGUCAUGAUAACAUGUGGAACAGGAACAAAUAUGGAAGAAGCAACAGAAUGGAGAAACAUUAAGCCCUCGGUCAUAAAGCAAAGUAGUGCCUUUGUAGAAGGAGUGAAAAUGCGCACAUAUAAGCCCCUCAUGGAUCGCCCUAAAUGCCAAGGACUGGAAUCCCGGAUCCAGCAUUUUGUACGUAGAGGACGCAUUGAGCACCCACAUUUACUCCAUAAGGAAGAAACAAAGGUCAAAAGGGACUGUGCUGACACAGAAGAAGAAAAUACUGUGUUAGAGAACCCAACGAAGAGGGUCUGUAUAAUAGAUGCAGAAAUUAACAGUAUUGUAUAAUCCCAGCAAGCUAGGAUCUCUGCCAGGAUCCAAGCAACAACCAGCUAAAAUUUUAAUGACUGGCUCUUAAAAACACCUAACAAAUCUUAAACAAUACAGGGUCUACAUAUUCUCUAAUCCCUAGCCCAAAGAAUUAUGAAAUGAAAGAAGCAGGGAGCACUUGUGAGCUAUAUGCCCUGGAAAUCUGUGCCUUGUGUUCAAAUUCAUUAAACCCUGAUCCCACAAA